AUGGAGAAAAAUUCCAUCCAGACGUUCGAGGAGGUCCCUACCGUCAGGGAUGCAACACUCGAACGGGCGUUGGUGCGCAAACUCGACAUGCGGGUCCUCCCAACAGUGUUCCUGAUCUUCGUCAUGAACUACAUCGACAGGAAUGGGAUCACGACUGCACGGCUCAAAGGACUCGAAGACGACCUAGGACUCACCGGCCUCCAAUACUCAAUAAUCCUCUCCGUCCUCUAUGCAACAUACUGCCCAGCCCAAAUCCCCUCCAACAUGGCACUCAACUACAUCACACGGCCCUCACUCUACAUUGGCGGAUGCGUCGUUCUCUGGGGCCUCAUCAGCGCCAUGACAGGUGUGACACACUCCUUCCGGGGAAUCCUGGCAUGUCGAUUGUGUCUGGGUAUACCAGAGGCGGCGUUCUACCCAGGUGCGACGUACAUGCUGUCGAGGUGGUAUACGAAGAAGGAAUUGGCGUUUCGGUCAGCGAUUUUGUAUUCAGGACUGCUCAUCUCGAAUGCAUUUGGUUCAUUGAUGGCAGCGGGUAUCCUCGGAGAGAUGGAAGGUAAACGAGGAAUACGCGCUUGGAGGUGGCUGUUUUACAUCGAAGGAUCCAUCACGAUUUGCGUCGGCCUCUUGAGCAUGUGGCUUCUCCCCGACUACCCACACAACACACGCUGGAUGUCGCCCCAAGAACAACGACUAGCGCAAGCCCGGCUUGCAGAAGAUGCCGGUGAAGCAGAUAAAGACAACAAAGAAGACAGCCCUCUGCACGGACUGAAACUGGCGCUCAAGGACCCGCUGUUGCUUGGACUGAGUUUUGUCAACUUUUUCCCGACGUUGACGGAAACACUGGGGUUCUCGACUACGGUGUCACUAUUGCUCUGCGCACCUCCAUGGGUAUUCUCUGCAAUCAUAUGUUGCUUGAACGCAUGGCAUGCAGACCGGACUGGAGAACGGUUCUUCCACAUUUCUGGGUGGUGGUGGGGCGUCAUGGCGGGGUUCAUCAUCGGAUUGUCGACAAUGCACACCGGUGCGCGAUAUGUAUCACUAUUCCUGAUGGCUUGUGGCUAUGGAGGGUUCGCGAUGACACUAGUAUGGGUAUCCAAUGUUGUCACUCGUCCACCAGCAAAGAGAGCCGCCGCGAUCGGCCUAGUAAAUGGAAUCGGAAACCUAGGAAACCUGAUGGGAUCAUACACGUGGAAAGCAUCCUGGGGACCCGGAUACCACCAAUCCAUGGCUAUCUCGCUCGCCGCACUUGCAUUCAGCACCCUACUCUCCGUCGGCAUCAGACAGAGUCUCGUAAAAGAGAACAAGAGACUCGACAAAGAAGACACCAGCAAGAUUGAUGUGGCUCGGGUGGAAGAAGCAGCAAGGCUGGAGGGAAUAACGUUCGAGCAGGCAAUGGAGAAACGAAAAGGAUUCCGGUAUUUGUAUUAG